CUGCUUUGUUGUCGUCGUCGUCGUCAUCAUCAUCAUUAGCGUCAAGGUUAAGCUCAAAAGUUUACUCUGAUGAUGGGAUACAUCAUGGGGUGUGCCUGUUUCAAAGAACCCAGAAAAGACAAGACUGAUGCACAGCACGGUGGUAAUGGUACCCUCUCCCCAAAUACCGAACAGCCACCAUGUCAGGGCUCUAUGCUGCCUCCACCAGGUGGCGGCACUGGUAGCUCUCAACAAAAUCACUCACAUAUGGUUAGUGGCCGUGAUCAACAUGAUUCCCAUACACAGAAUUCCAAAAUGGAAAGGCCCAAUACAUUGGGCACCAAUAAAUUAGCCAGGCGUGUAAAUGUCUGCUACGAACACUAUCCCGAUGGUUCUUCAGGUAAUUCCAUGAUGGGUGGCCCACCCGGUAGUACGCCCCCACCAUAUGCUGAUGCAGCUGGCCAUCAUCAUCACGGUGGAAAAAUGGUUGGCGGUGUUAUGCUGUCCGAAUUGCCCGAGCCACCAAUUCCAUUGUCGGAAAUUGGUCCCAUCCCACCGCCUCCAAUGUUUUCGACACCAUCGCCAACAUUAGUGGCUGGACGACCGCAUGGGCCUGGCGCAGUCAACGAUAAAGAUUAUCAGCCAUAUGAUGAUUAUGAUAAUGAGCAUGAUGAUAACGAUUCCGAUAAUGAUUACAAUUAUCAACAUUAUCCAAAUCAUAUCGAUACACAACGCAUUGAGGAAAUUCCAGCCAAAGAGCCCAAACCAAAUGCAGUUCCUCUUAAAUCGGCCCUCAAAAAGAAACCCGGCCACAAUGUGAACUCGUCAUCAUCGCCAGCCACGCCCAUACAAGAUCAUUCAAAUGCCAAUGGGUCUUUGCCGCAAGGAGCGGGCAUUCAAGGGAAUUCCAGUGGCGGCGGUGGUAUUAACAGCAGCGGCAGCAGCAACAACAGUGGUGUGGGCAACAAUUCAAGUCAUACCUCAACCAGUCAUCAGCGUCCAUUGGUAGUGAGGCAGGAUGCUACCAAUAGUUAUAAUUUAAAUAGGCAACAAAUGUUCAAUAUUAAUCUGCCAUGCACCAUGGAGAACAAGGAAAACACUCGGCCAUUUGUGAUACGCGAAAAUAGCAGUGAUAGCAGCGAUGAUGAUAAUUCACGGAUUCUCUAUCGCGACGAUGACACAUCACGUCAGGCGAAGAUUGCCCGCAAGGAAUCGUUGUCGUUGAAAUUGCAAUUGCGCCCCGACAAACAGGAUCUAAUCAAUCGCAACAUCUUGCAUCCCGUCAACGACAAUGAUGUCAAGGAAUCGAAAGAGGCCAUUGGUGCUCGCCUCAUCAGACGCUUAUCGAUGCGACCGACGGCCGAUGAAUUGGUGGAGCGUAACAUAUUAAAGACACAAACACCCGCCGAAGAGAAAAAACAAAAAGAAGAAAAGAAAUCAUACCUAUUGCGUAAAUUAAGUUUUCGACCCACCGUCGAGGAGCUUAAGGAAAAGAAAAUUAUACGUUUCAAUGAUUAUAUCGAAGUGACUCAGGCCCACGACUACGAUCGUCGAGCUGAUAAGCCAUGGACAAGACUGACACCAAAGGACAAGGCUGCCAUACGUAAAGAAUUAAAUGAAUUUAAAUCAUCCGAGAUGGCAGUACACGAGGGUAGUCGACACUUAACAAGGUUCCAUAGGCCAUGACAAUUGCAAUGGCAACAGAAAUUAUCGAUUAAAACUCCAUACCCAACAAAAUUUUGUGCAACAAAAUAUAAAAAAUUUUAAAACAUAAACAAUGUUACAACAAUAAGAA